AUGGUCAGAAGCCACUCCACUGUCACCACCCAUAUCACCUUUACCACCCACACUGUCACAACCACCCACAAGCCCACCACUGACUCCACUGCCACCACCUACACCUCCACCAUCACCCAUGGCACCACUACUAUCUGUCCUGCCACAAACACCCACAGCAUCGUCAUCACUCACACUGCUGUCACCACUUGCUCCACAGCCACCACCCACAUCACGGUCCCCACCUGCACUGCCUUUACCACCUGCAUCAUGGUCACCACCCACAGUGUCGCCUCCACCACACCUCUACCACCACCUGAGCCACAGACAUCAGCCGCACCACCACCACAACCCAUACCACUGCUACUAACAGUGCCGCUGAAAGCCACCCCGGAUGAAUACCUCACCUUCCUCAUGAAGCGGGCCAAGCAGAGAAAAGGUCUACCAUACCUGUGCUGUAGGAAGCUGGAGUUUGUUGACAUGCCAUUCGGACAUCUUCAGAAGAUCCUGAAAAUGGUGCAGCUGGACUGUGUCCAAGAGGUAGAAGUGAAUGGCUCCUGGGACCUGUUCACCCUGGCCAGGUUUGCUCCUCCCCUGGGUCAGAUGGUUAAUCUGAGCAGACUCCUUGUCUCUCACAUCCUCAUGAAUUCCUUCAUUCCCUGGGUGGCGGAAGAAGUGGAGAAGCUAGUUUUCCAAUUCAGCUCUCAGUUGCUUAGUCUACACCAGCUCCAGGAACUCUACCUGGACUCUGUCUUCUUCCCGGAAGGCCAUCUAGACCAGGUGCUCAGGUGCCUGAAGACCCCCUUGGUGAGUCUCUUGAUAACUAAUUUCUUGCUUUUGGAGUCCAACUUGACAUACCUGUUGUCAUACUUGAACACCAGCCACCUAAAGUACCUGAAUUUGAGUGAUUUAAAUAUGAUGGGCUUAAGUCCUGAGUUUCUGCAAGUGCUGCUAGAGAGAUCCUCAGCCACCCUCCACUGCCUGGAAUUAGAUGGGUGCGGGAUCAUGGACUACCAGCUAACCUCCAUCUUGCCCACUCUGGGCCACCGCUCCCAGCUCACCAGCUUCAGCUUCCAUGGAAACCCAGUCUCUGCAGAGGCCCUAGAGAGCCUGCUGCAGCACACCGUCCUGCUGAGCAAGUUCAGACUCAGACUGUUUCCUGUCCCCCUCGAGUGUUAUGUGGGCCUCCAAGGUACUCUCAACCUGUGGAAUCUUCGAGGCUAUCUGGCCGAGCUGAGACUGAUACUGCUGGACUUAGAGCUGCCCAAUGCGGUCUUAUUGCCCAGUGACAGCACCUGUUCCUAUCAUGCAAUUCUCCUCUACUGUGACCUGAUGUAA